UAAUAAUAUAAACCUCAAGUAUAAUUUAUGAGAAUUUGCGUCAAUUUUUUGAUGAAAUUGCUUGAAAUAAUUUAUUAUAGUUGUUAAUGAUUUGACAAUAAUAUUCUUCAAAUGAUAUUGACAACUACCUUUAAUUAUUAUUGAUUAUCACUUUUUCAAUAAUGGUGACAUUCAUUCAACUCUUAUAUUUUUCAAUAAGGUGUGAUGUAAUGCAAGGAUUCUGUUUUCGAUUUGAUUGAAUAUAAAUUCUUAUAAGAUAAUGUUUUCUGUAUGAAUAAUUAGGUAACUUGAUGUUAGUUGUUGUUAAAAUAAAAUAUCUCAAUCAUGGUACCGGUUUUAAUUUUGAUUUAAAAAGUCUUAACAAUUAUGUGGUAAAAAGUCUUAAUUUCGACCGGAUGACACAAUUACAACGAAAUUAAUCAUUAUAAAGAAUUUGUUUGCACGAUUUUUAGAGUGAUAAACUAAUACCGUAGAUGGUUAUUUGCAGUAGUUUAUGUUGAUAUCAACUUGGGUUAAAUGGUAGCAAUGUCCUUGUGCAUAUAUUGACAUUUCUAGUGAUGGAAUCUUAUUCUAAACAUGAUAAUGUAAUGGUCAACCGACCGACCGUUCUGUUGCUCGGAUCAACCAUUACUUUCCUUUUUGUAAUGGUGGAGUAACGUUGCAAAUAUUAAAACAUUUCUAGUGACGGACCCAUCUUAUUCUGACACCUUAUAAGGUAAUUACUAACUGGUCAACCAUUCUAUCUUGUUAGAGAGUGAUAUAAGAUCCAGCAGAACCUUCUCCCAACAACUCGAGUUAUUGGGAGCAACUGGUUCUUGACAUGGUAUCAGAGCCUCGAACCAAAAGGUCAUGUGUUCGAAUCUCCACGACCCCCAAUAUUAACCGUUGUCUUUCAAGCACAUGGUAUGGUGGGCCUGUGCAAACUUCAAGCCCGUGGGUUGGCUUUCAUUUGAGGGGGCGUGUUAGAGAGUGGUAUAAGAUCCAGCAUAACCUUCUCUAACCUGUCGAUUGUUUUCCUUUACAUGAUGGUGCAAUUUCAUUGCAAACAGAUAAGUGCGCCAUCCAUUCUACCGUUUGACAAAAUCACUUGAUCGCGUUUUCUUCAAUUGUGGGAGGACUGGGAAUGUUCAGCACCUCCUUUUUCCAUAGUUCAACGGCUAACUUGGCUGAGUCGCCAUACAGUCUUCGACACGUGAAAGCAAUAGAGUUUCUGUUUUCUGACAAGUUCGGCCAUGGCAGCUGGAGUCGCAGCGGUCGGCCAUGGCUCUCUUUGCAGUCCUCAAGAAGAGUCUCUCGCCUCUCUCUACCUCGCAAUUCCAUGAAUAAACAAAGACACGCCAACUCCACUACCUAACCCUUUCUCCACCAGAGGAACGAAAUCACCAUGGAAACAGUAAAAAAUGCAGCCUUUAAAAACGCCCCCCUCAAAUCCCCUGCAUUACACAACCAACAAAUUAAGAAACGACAAUGGCAGGGGAGGCAAAGAAGAAGACGGCACACUUCGUGCUGGUCCACGGAGCCUGCCAUGGAGCUUGGACCUGGUUCAAGCUCAAGCCUCUGCUGGAAUCCGCCGGCCACCGCGUCACCGCCGUGGACCUGGCGGCUUCAGGAAUCAACUGCAAGGCAAUCCAACAAGUCCCCACUUUCCGCGACUACACGGAUCCCCUGCUCCACGCUCUGUCCCUCGUCGACGAGAAGGUCAUUGUCGUUGGGCACAGCUUGGGCGGCAUGAAUUGCGCCCUGGCGAUGGAGAUUUUCCCUGAAAAGAUUGCUGCCGCAGUUUUCUUGUCGGCUUUCAUGCCUGACACGCUCCAUUCCCCGUCUUUCGUCCUCGAUCAGUAUUGUGCAAGAGCUCCAGCAGGGGCGUGGCUGGACACUGAAUUCGCACCAGCCAGCAGCUCGCAGCCUGAUUUCAUGACCAUGUAUUUUGGGCCUGAGUUCCUCUGUUCUAAGCUCUACCAACUCUGUUCCAAAGAGGUAUGAAAAAUACUAAAUUCAACUUGUUUCUCGAUCCUCUUAAUGGGUAUUUAGUGAAUAUGAUAUUUAUGUUCUGAGAAAAAGGAUUUGGAGCUGGGGAAGGCGCUGGUGAGGCCGAGCUCUCUGUUUUUGCACGAUCUGAGCAAGGCGGCGAAGUUUACAGAGGAAGGGUACGGUUCUGUGCGCAGAGUGUUUGUGAUUUGCAAUGAGGAUCAAGGGAUAAACGAGGAGUUCCAGAGGUGGAUGAUUCAGAAUUACGUUGUUGAAGAAGUGAUGGAGAUCAAGGAAUCGGAUCACAUGGCGAUGCUCUGCGAACCCAGGAAGCUCUUCGAUUGUCUUUCUCAGAUAGCAAAUAAUUACACUCUUGAUCGGUAGUAGUAGGGGUCAAAAUGCACACAAAAAUGAAGCACCCUUAUUUUUUCGACAUGACACCAUGAUUGUAUUGAUGAGACUGUAUUAAAAACCAAAUGACGCAGCAUUUGUUUGCAUCCUCAAUCUCGUGUGUCUAUCAUUUCUACAAUCAUCAUCUUCAAGGAACUCAAAGAAAUUGGAAAUCCAAAUUAAUAACAGAAAGAGUUAUGAAUUGGUGUAUGGCUUUGGAUAAUGCACCGCAUUAUCUCCCCCAAGACGAGCAUUUAAAAGACCAACAUGUUCUCUUGCUGAUAGAGAUUGGCCAGUCUCUUCCCC